CUUCUUCUCCGGUGUUCUCUUGUCCCUUAUGGGCGUGUGCGCGCGCGCGGCGCGUUCACAAUACACACCAGGAAAUAUGGCGGCGCUCAUGACUCUCAGUCAGUUAUCAAAUGGAAAUGCCGCUUAUGAACAUUAUUACAGACAGCUUGAUCCAGCAAACACAGGCAAAAUAUCAGCAGGCGAUGCAGCUCAGUUUCUUAAAAAGUCUGGAUUAUCAGACAGUACACUUGGAAAAAUUUGGGAUUUGGCAGAUUCUGAUAGAAAAGGAUAUUUGGAUAAGAGGGGUUUCUUCAUCGCGCUAAGACUUGUGGCGUCAGCACAGGGUGGAAAUGAUAUAAGCCUUAACAGCCUCAACCAAAGUGUAACUGCACCAAAAUUUAGAGACACUGACAGCCCGUUGCUAACUGGAUCAUCAGCAGCGUCUGAUUGGGCGAUUAGGCCUGAUGAAAAGGGGAAGUUUGAGGCGAUAUUUGAAAGUCUAUCCCCUAUAAAAGGUCUCCUAUCUGGUGACAAGGUCCGACCUGUUUUAAUAAACUCCAAGCUACCUCUGGAUGUUCUGGGAAAGAUUUGGGAGCUUAGUGAUGUUGACAAGGAUGGACAUUUGGACAAAGAAGAAUUCACUGUGGCUAUGCAUCUUGUAUAUCGUACUAUGGAGAAGGAGCCUGUUCCAAGCAGCCUGCCCUCCUCUCUUAUCCCACCUUCCAAAAGGAAAAAAUCAGCACCAGCCCUUCCGGGCGCCGUGGCCGUGUUGCCUGGCCUUGGAUCCAGCCCCAUUGCUCUCAAAGAGACUCUGCGGAGCUCUCCUUCUCUUAGAAGCUCCACUCCUCCUAUCGGGAGCACUGUUCCUGCUAUGGGUGGCUUUAAUCCCCUCAGCCCCAGUGCUGUCAAACUGUCUCCACAACACUCCUUUAAAUCCAGCUCAGCAUCCACUCCAACGGCUGCAGUGAACUGGGUGGUACCUGUGGCCGACAGAGAAAAAUAUAGGGAGCUUUUCAACAAAACCGACAGCGAUGGGGACGGCUUCAUCAGCGGGACGGAUAUUAUUGAGAUCUUCAUGCAGUCCAACCUUUCUCAGACGAUGCUGGCGCAGAUCUGGGGACUCGCUGACACAAAACAGACAGGCAAGCUGACACCAGAGCAGUUUGCUCUGGCCAUGCAUUUCAUCCAACAGAAGGUGACUAAAGGCAUAGACCCCCCCUCAACUCUGACAUCAGAUAUGAUCCCCCCAUCAGAGAGGACUGCAGGAUCAGCUAUGGGUCUCGGCUAUAUGGGGAUUCUUCCUUCUGUGAGACCAGACCUUGUUUCUGCAGCUAGUAUGCUCAGAGUGAGUACUUCCACACACCACCACAAGGUGGUGUUGUUGCUCUAUCACAUCUCCUGCCCCAGCAUGAGAGCAGGAACAUACAGCUGUGCUCUCUGA